CCUCUUCAAGGCGCUACUACAAGAAAGUAUUACGUCUGCGCGUAUUUAAACAGUUUUAUUCGUCCACGUUUGAAUUCACCAUGGUGAAGUUAUAGAAGAGGGGAAUUAAAAUGGGGGAUUAUGAUAGCACCUUGAUAGCUCAGGUAAAAAUAUAGAUGACAAUUGAAAGAGGGGCUAGUCAGCAGAUAGGCUGACUUAGCCGACAACAAUAAAAUAUUGGAGUACAAGACUUCUGUUUGACUGAUUUAUCAAAGAAGCAGAUGCCGAAAAAAUCGCGCGGUGCGCGUGUUUACGUGCUUACAUUAUCAAUAGUGAUUAGUGAUUUAAACCAGUGUUUUUUUAAUUAAAUAAUAUCUUUUAUUUAUAUAUUUAUUGAAAAUAAAAAUCUUUGAAAAUUCAUUAAACAGAUAUACGCUGUUAAAAUAAACAUUUUUUUUUUUUUUUUUUUUUUUUUUGUGAACUUUUGUUGGAUUAACAAUAAGGCUUCAAGAUGAUGAAAACAAAGAAUCAAGGACUUGUGUCCGAUCUUAUGCCCAAUAUUCGGGUAAUGCAAAUGAGUGGACAUUUCAUGUUCAAUUAUUAUAGUGAGGGAAAAAAAUUUCUGCACAAAAUUUGGUGUUGUAUAAAUUUAUUUUUGGUCGUACUACAAUUUGCCUUCUGUGGAAUUAAUUUGAUAAUGGAAAGUGAUGAUGUCGAUGAUUUGACUGCAAAUACAAUUACAAUACUCUUUUUCCUUCAUUCAAUUGUUAAAAUAAUUUAUUUUGCUGCACGAAGUAAAUUAUUUUAUCGUACAUUGGCUAUAUGGAAUAAUCCAAACAGUCAUCCAUUAUUUGCUGAAAGUAAUGCAAGAUAUCAUUCAAUUGCACUUACUAAAAAUCGAAGAUUAUUAUUUUUCAUUGGUGCAGUAACUGUACUGUCAACACUUUGUUGGACUGGUAUUACAUUUGUUGGUGAAUCAGUAAAAAGACGAAUUGAUCCAGAUACAAAUGAGACAAUGAUUAUUCCGAUUCCAAGGCUGAUGGUAAGAUCAUUUUAUCCAUUUGAUGCAAGUCAUGGUUUUCUUCAUAUUGCCAUGCUUGCAUUCCAAUUUUACUGGCUCUUUAUUUGCAUGGUUGACGCAAAUUCAUUGGAUGUAUUGUUCUGUUCAUGGCUAUUAUUUGCUUGUGAGCAACUUCAACAUCUAAAAGCUAUCAUGAAACCACUCAUGGAGCUCAGUGCAACACUUGACACAGUUGUACCAAAUAGCAGUGAACUAUUUAAAGCUGGAAGUGCUGAUCAUCUGCGAGAUACAACUGGAACUGCUCCACCAGCAACACCAGCAAAUGGUGAUAAUAUGUUGGAUUUAGAUUUACGUGGUAUUUACAGUAAUCGUCAAGAUUUCACAGCAACAUUUCGACAAACAGCUGGAAUGCAAUAUAAUGGUGGUGUUGGUCCAAAUGGUUUAACUAAAAAACAAGAAAUGUUGGUCAGAAGUGCUAUCAAAUACUGGGUUGAACGUCACAAACACGUUGUCAGACUUGUCACAGCAAUUGGAGAUGCUUAUGGUGUUGCUCUUCUAUUACACAUGUUGGUAACAACAAUUACACUAACUCUUCUCGCUUAUCAAGCCACAAAGGUAAACGGAAUAAAUGUUUAUGCUGCAACGACAAUUGGAUAUUUAUUGUAUGCAUUAGGUCAAGUAUUUUUAUUCUGCAUAUUUGGAAACCGUCUUAUUGAAGAAAGUUCAUCGGUUAUGGAGGCAGCUUACUCGUGUCAUUGGUAUGAUGGCUCAGAAGAAGCUAAAACAUUCGUGCAAAUUGUUUGUCAACAAUGUCAAAAAGCAAUGUCUAUAUCAGGAGCAAAGUUUUUUACAGUUUCUUUAGAUCUGUUUGCAUCGGUACUUGGAGCUGUUGUAACUUAUUUCAUGGUGUUGGUACAACUUAAAUAAAUUGCUAAAAAUAAUUAUAAAAAAAAAUUUAUUUUUAUGAAAAAAUAUGGAAGUCAAGGAAACAACUGGAAAAGAAAAAAAAAAAAACAAUAUAUCUAUAUUUUCUAUAUUUGACCCAACAACAACAACUCUUUUUAUCUGUUAUUAAAAUUAAAUUUCCCGAAAACUUGAUUAUAUUUUAUACAUUAGACUGAAAGAGUAUUAAAUUAUUGAUUGGGGUGGAACAGGAGGGUCAAAAUAGAAAAAAAAAAAAAAUUAAUCCUGUAAACACUCUAUUUUCAUUGUUUAUUUAUUUAUUUAUUUUAAAUUAUAAUUUUCAUUAUUAGUUACAAUUAAUAACUUAUUAAUCAUUUGUCAUUAUUAUUUUUAUAUUCAAAUAUCAAUUUUUUCUCCAAUUUUAUUAUUUUAUUUUUUCAUUUAUUAUGUUGUGAAAAAGAAGAAAAAAAAAAAAAAGAAAAAAAAAAUAAUAAUUAAAAAUGAGUGAGUGUGUUUUUAUUAAAUUAUUUAAACUUAUGAAUUUUUAAGUAACACUGAGUUUUUCCCGUAAUAUUGCACAUAACGAUUGAAUGAAAAAAUAAAUAAAUAAAUAAAUUUAUGUAUUGGGGAAAAUAAUACGCUAAUGCUAUAUAUAUACUUUUAUUGUAGCUUUAAGAAAAGGUUCAUUGACAGAAAGCUGAAAAAAUCAUUGUUUGAGUGAAAAAAUUGAAAUAUUCAAAAUAAUUUUUUUUUUUUUUUUCAAUGUUAAAUAUAAUAGCAAUUUACAAUUUUUAAAUGCAAUUUUCUGUUAUAGAUUAUUUAAACUAUAACUGUAAAUAUAAACAUUAAAUAAAAUUAAAAAAAAGAUAAUAAUUAAAAAAGAACAAGAAUUAAUAGUCCAGUAAAUAGGUAAACCAUAAAAUAAACUUAAAUAAUAAAUGGUAAAAGAGAAAUGAUGGAAACAAAAAACAGAAACUAGCAAUUAAGAAUUAACCUUUAAUUAAUUAAGUAUUUUACUUUUAUUUUUUGAUUUCAUCACACUGAGUAUAUUUAUUAAAAUGUAUGUCUGUAUAUUUAUUGCUGUAAUACCAAUAUUCUUGUAAAAGAAUUUUAAAAAAGGACAAUUUUAUAAGUAAAUAAACAAAAUAUUUGUGGAAAUAUGUCAA